GAACGUGAAAUUAUAGUGACCAUGCCAUGGUCACAAAAUGUAUAUCAUACUUUAUGAUUUGACAUUUCUCGCGUCUUUAUCGGCAAUGCUGGGCAAUGCUUAAACCGGUUAAACAUAACCCCAGAGAUGUAAAUGCAGCAUGUGUGUAAUGUAUAUAACCUAAAAUAAAUGUGUCGUAUCCCAUGAGCAUAGCGGUCGCAAAAUAUAUACUAGGAUUGACGUUUAAUUACAAUGGAAGAGUAUCCACUUAUCAAUGUACGCUUGGCUGUGAAUAGAGUUGAUCUAAACUUAAUUAAAAGCGAAGAUGUCCAACCACGAAUAUAUACGCCAGGAGAAGAAAUAUCUAGCCAACCUGAUUUCUUAAGAGGUCAUGGAACGUAUGUAGAUGAUGAAAACACAUUACGUGCAUCCGUGGCUGGUGUUUUAGAAAAAGUAAAUAAACUUAUUUCUAUAAGACCAUUGAAAGCACGCUACCAAGGCGAAAUCGGAGAUGUUGUAGUUGGUCGCAUAACAGAGGUGCAACAAAAGCGCUGGAAAGUUGAUACAAAUUCGAAACUUGAUUCUGUACUUUUAUUAUCGAGUGUUAAUCUACCUGGAGGAGAACUGAGAAGAAGAUCUGCGGAAGAUGAACAGACUAUGAGAAGGUAUCUCCAAGAAGGAGAUUUAAUUUGUGCAGAAGUACAGAGUACUUUUGUAGAUGGUUCACUUUCAUUGCACACUAGAGUUUUAAAGUAUGGCAAAUUGUCUCAAGGGAUAAUGUUAAAAGUUUCACCAGCUCUCAUAAAACGAAAAAAAACACACUUUCAUAAUUUGGAAAAUGGUGCAAGUUUGAUAUUAGGAAACAAUGGUUAUAUAUGGAUUGGAGUCGGUAAACAGGAUACUGAUAGAUCAGAGAGUGGUUUCACUCAAGACUUAUCCAGAAUUCCACAAGUAAAUCGUGAAGUUUGUGCACGUCUACGUAAUUGUAUUUUAAUCUUGGCACAAUGUAACAUGCACCUUACAGAUACAUCUGUCACAUAUGCAUACGAAGAAUCUAUGAAGUAUAGAGUGAACGAAUUGUUGGAAUCUGAACCACUGUGAAGAAAUAUGGAUGCGUGUUUCACUGCUUUUGAUAAAAAUGGAGAUGGAUAUUUGUCUAUCAUGGAAUUUGAACUUCUCUGUCGUGCAUUGUUUCGUAAUGAUCGUGGAAAAGUUUACACUUUAGAAAAAAAUCAGUUAAAUGAAAUAUAUUCUAUAUUUGAUUGGAAAGAAGAUGGCAAGAUUGACAGGGAAGAAUUUGAGAUGUGUUGGAACCGUUGGAUUAAAGUAUGCUGUCGUCCAAAGAGUGCAUUUCUCAUUGUAGAUGUACAAAAUGACUUUAUAACAGGGUCUUUAAACAUUAAGCAAUGUGCUGCACAACACGAUGGUUCAGAAGUAAUUGAGCCAAUUAAUCGUUUAUUAGAAACUGUACAGUUUGAUGCAGUAUUCUAUUCUCUCGAUUGGCAUCCUGUAGAUCAUGUAUCUUUUAUUGAUAAUUUACAUCUCAGAGAAGUUGAUCCGAGCAGUGAAAUUCCAAAAGAGACAGCACAGGUGUAUGAUACGGUCACAUUCAGGGGGCCACCUCUAUUAAUACAACGUCUUUGGCCACGUCAUUGCAUUCAGGAUUCUUGGGGUGCAGAGCUUCAUAAAGAUCUAAAGGUCGUUGAUAAUGCAAUUAAAAUAUAUAAAGGAACUAAUCCAGAAGUGGACUCAUAUUCUGUUUUUUGGGACAAUAAAAAAAUGCAGGAUACCAGUUUAUCAUCACAGUUACAAGAAAUAGGAGCAACAGACAUAUACAUUUGUGGUUUAGCUUAUGAUGUUUGCGUCGGAGCUACUGCAGUCGACGCACUUAAAAGCGGCUAUCGAACUAUCCUCAUCGAUGAUUGUAGUCGAGGGGUAGAUCUUGUUGAUAUAGAAAAAACCAAAGCUACUGUCAUAGUUAGUAAUGGUGUAAUUGUGAAUUCCAACCAGGUAAAAGCAAUGGUUGAGGGAAAGGACCGUCGACCAGAACUUGGAUAUAAACUAGCUUUAGAAAUUAAACAAAAAUUGAAUUGUGUAGAUGCCGAUAACGCUAAUGAAGUCGCUUCUACGUAA